UUGUGCUAAUCGGAAAACACGUAAUUUAUUUAAAAUUGGAUAUCGUCGCAACCUAACCUUCACAGGAAAAACUGAUUAUAGUCUCUUUCUUACCGUUUCUAUAUGUCUUCGAGGUUCACCUGAGGCCUUUUCAGAAGUUGAACAGAGACCUCAAGGAUUCGUUUCAUACUAGAACAAUCAUGGGUGUGACUGCCAAGUUUAGAUUUUGGACCGUCCUCCUUCAUCUUCCAGUUAUCAUGAGUUUCUAUGGAACUGAAGGAGCCAUGGAAGAAAGCAAGUCCUUGCAUGGAGGGCAUAUGGACCCUUCAGUAAUGGUGUUCUUCACACUGAAAGACCUCAAGAUUGGGAAAAGAAUGCCCAUUCAUUUCCCCAAGAGAGAUCCUUCGACCUCCCCAAAGUUUUGGCCCAGACACGAAGCUGAUUCAAUCCCUUUCUCCCUCGAGGAACUCCCAAACCUUCUGAAUCACUUCUCUUUUUCCAGAGACUCUCCUCAAGCCAGAGCCAUGGAAGACACUCUCAGGGAGUGUGAGAGCAAAACCAUCAGAGGAGAGGUCAAGCUCUGCGCCACUUCUUUAGAAUCCAUGCUUGACUUCACUCACAGAAUGAUUGGCCCGCAAUCUGGAAUCCAGGUAUUCAGUACUUCUCACAAGAGCAAGUCCAGCGUGAAUUUCCAGAACUACACAAUCAUGGAAGUGCUAAUGGAGAUGCCAGCACCCAGGAUGGUGGCGUGUCACACAAUGCCAUACCCUUACGCUGUGUUUUACUGUCACAGCCAGAAAAGUGAGAAUAGGGUUUACAAGAUAUCAUUGGCCGGUGAUAAUGGAGAUGAGGUGGAAGCUAUGGUUGUCUGUCACCUGGACACCUCCCAGUGGAGCCCCACUCAUAUAUCCUUUAGGGUUCUCAAAGCUGUUCCGGGAAGCUCUUCUGUGUGCCAUUUCUUCCCAGCAGAUCAUCUCAUCUUUGUCCCUAAACUGCAGAAUCAGGGCUUUUCAAGCAUGUGACUUUAGCAGUGUUGUAUACAUUGUUUCCUGAUAAUAUAUUUGUGUGUGUGUGUAAUGUCAAGUUUUAUGCUCUCGGGGAAAAAGGUAACAGUUUCAUUUUAAGUACUUGAUGUGCUAUCAUAGUGAGGAGAGGGUGGGUUGCUUUAGGAAAAUUACUAAGAUUGAUCAUGUAUCUCUCCUUUGAUAUAUAUAUAUAUAUAUAUAUAUAUAUAUGACAAUUGAAUAACGUUAAUGUUUUAAAUAAUCUAGUGGGAUAUCAAUCAUGAUGUAAUAUAUAUAUUCUCGUCUUCAACUUUACAGUAGUCUAUUGAUAGUUGUUCGUUCGGUCGCCAGGCCAUCUUCA